GGAACCUUAUAGUGUUGCUCAGUUUUGUGGAAGUGCAGGUUAUUAUUUUUAUCGGUUAUCAAGCAACAAUGUCUUCAGUUGAGGGUUUGAGAGAGUUUGUCAACGAGCGACUAUCUGCUGCUGCUGAAGAAAUAUUCGGAGUUUUUAAAAGAAGCAUCGUCGAGUACCAGGAAGAGAUCGACCGGCAGCGCGGACUGUUGGAUGUUUUAUUGAAACCCGAAGUGAGGUUACACCGGAUAGAGCUCCCGCAGUCACGUGUCUGUAAGGAGGAGGAGGUUCUCUGUGACCAGCAGCUCUGUCUCCAGGAGAGGAACCCCAGUCUGGACCAAGAGGACCCAGAUCCUCCACAGAUUAAAGAGGAACAGGAGGAAAUGUGCAGCAGUCAGGAGGGAGAGCAGCUUGAACCGAAGCAGGAGGCCGACACCUUUACGUUGACUCCCACUAGUGAGGAAACUGAUCACAGUGAUGAUGAGACUCCGUUUUUUAAUCCUGACAGAAGUCAGAGUGAAUCAGAGACAGAGCCUCCAGCUAGCACGUGUACCAGCUGGUUAAAUGAGGAAAUAGACUGUGAACGUUUUGUGGUACCAGAACCAAACGACAACAACAAGGAGCCACAACAGCAGAUUCUGGCUCCUCCAGGUGACAAGACAUUUUUGUGCGAAACAUGUGGAAAAUAUUUCAAACGUAAAAAAAUCUUCUCUGCCCACGUGAAAAGAUUCCACGGUGUUUAUCAACCAUAUGUAUGCGACACCUGUGGGAAAAGAUUCACUCAUAUAUCAAGUUUGAAGUAUCAUACAAGAGUCCAUACUGGGGAGAAGCCAUAUUCCUGCAUCACCUGUGGGAAAUCAUUCACAGGCAAAUCACAUUUGAAGUCUCACACAAGAAUCCAUACUGGGGAAAGGCCGUAUUCCUGCAUCACCUGUGGGAAAGCAUUCACUUGCAAAUCACAUUUGAGGUCUCAUACAAGAAUCCAUACCGGGGAGAAGCCAUAUUGCUGCAAAAUAUGUGAAAGAUGUUUCAGAAGUUCUAGUAACUUAAUUGUCCACAUGAGAAAAAUCCACAAGUGUGAAAUGUCAUAGAUCCAACUCCUUUAAGGAAAUAUUCUGAGAUAUUUCAAAGAUUAUUAUUUAUAUAGUACUUCUUUAUCAACAAAAGAAGGUAUUGUUAAAUUUGCCUGUUUUUUACUUCAUGUAACGUGCUGUUAGUGACAUGUUUUGCGGUAAUUUACUGUAAUCACUUUAAAUCUUUGAAAAAUCUUUUUUGCAAGUUGAGUGAACAUUGUCAGGGGAAAAUUGUUGAGCCUGCGUCGGGUGAGUCUCUCAGGAAUGUGACCUUUUAUGUGAGCCUGUGACCUAAGGCAGUUCAGGGUGAGAUAAGACACAGAUGGAACCAUUCGUGCCCUGACUGACCUUUUAGAUGUUAUUGAUUGACUGGGUCCAUUAAUGGAAGGUCACGGUGUCUCCCCUACGUCGUCUGGUACUUUUCCAUACACUCCUCUUUGAGGGGUGUGCUCUCCUGUGCUGAGGCAGCACAAACCUCCCUGAAGUGUAUAAAACCUCCUGUUCUCCUCUU